AUGGCUACCGGACUAGAUGUCUCUCCCGGUCGCCUUCCAAGAACCUUAGACGAGCUCAGAGCUGGUCAAGAACGCAGUGAUGCAGAUCAACGUCAACACGUCGAGAUUGCGACAAACGAUGCUCCCGAAGGUCCUUCCCUAGAAGAUGCCCUGGACCAAAUGUUCGAAGAAGCCGAAGAGGAAGAGCAGAACGUACAACAAGACACGGAACAAGAUCAACCUCCUGCACUCAUACAUGCUCCCUAUACCUUCAAUUCCAACGACAGUCGUAGCAACCAUCGCGUUGCAGGUCAGGUCAUGAGAGCUGCUCCUCCAAGAAACCCCGAAUACCAAGCUCGUAGAAUUGCGGCUCUUAGACGCGAACUCCUCAGGAUGCGUAACGGCAUCGAGCGAGUCAUCUCCGGUCUCAGAGACCUCGGCGAGCCCAUACCAGAUCAUGCAGGCACCACCAGUCGACUGUCUGAACUAGGAAGAUCACUCGAGGCUAUGUCUGUCAGAGAGGCGCCAUCAUCGUCGAUUAACUCCGAUUCUGCCAAUCGCGAGACACGUGCUCCUAUCGUUGGGUCCGUCUAUCGCAAUCCUGAACUGACCAGCGUUCAGCAACGCUUUGAUGAAGCCCACCGCCAACUCGAACAGGCUCAGAGGUUCCGCGAUCAAGCGGCAGUAGAGUUUCAACUGGCCCAGGCCAGCCAAACUGAAACUUCUGAAAUACUCGAAGGCGCGGAGCUUGAUCUGACUGAGCACAGGGAGCAGGUAUCUCAACUUCGGCGCGAACAGCGUACGGCCGAGAAUUAUGCUCGCCUCUUUGGAUCCCGUGAGGAUAUGGAGACUCAGGGUGCUGAUUAUGAAAGUCCUAUUGGUGGCAUGUUCACCCGUGCAUAUGAACGAUUCAGAGUCGCCGAAGAAGUUAGACAAGACGAGAGAACUUUGCGACAAGUCUUGGAGCAUGAACAACUGGCCACUGGGCCGCUCUUCUCCAACAACGACGACAACGAAGAACCUCACCCAGCUGCCAACACUGUCUACGAGGAUGGACUUAACGAAUACUACUCUAUGCUUAGACAGCAAGACUGGGUGCAGAAUAUUCGUGGGCCCACACCAAACAGCAAUGCUACGCCUGACUCCAAUCCCUCGAAUGUCAAUGUUCCGGGUCCGUCGGCAGCAAUGCAGGUAGAAGUCGGUACAUCUGAGCAAACCCCUACCCAAGCUGCUCCUCAGCAGAUUUCCACGCUGGAAAGACUCUUGCGUAAUACUCCUGAGCCUCAGAGAAGCUCCAUCAUUGCUCGGAUGGAACAGAAUGGGACGGCUGCAGCUAUCCGAGAAUCCGAGAGUGGAAACCAUCUCGACGUCUGGCGGCGCCUUCGUGAUGCCUAUGCUCCCUUCCGAGGCAACUGGGAAGAAGAGAGCGAAUCAUCAGAUGAUGAAGAAGACCGAGCUAGAGGCGGUCUCGAUGCUGAAGAUUCUGGACGCCCUGAACCUAAGGAAGAUGGCGACAUGACUCUAAAGUUGGACUGCAAGAUCUGCUAUACACAGACCGCUGACACUGCUUGUCUUCCUUGUGGGCAUUUAGUGAUGUGCCAAUGGUGCAGUGAACAACAUUCGCCUGUCAUGCAGCAUGACAGAACGAGGCCACGUAAACCCGCCAACUGCCCGGUUUGUCGUAAGAAGAUCAAGCAGAAAGCGCGCAUCUACCGAGCAUGA